ACGCUUUCCUUUUGAAAGGGCAACUUUAUUGACACAGCCCGUGUGCGCAGGGAUCAAACAGGGUUGUCCUUCAGUAGAGCUAUCCAGAUAGCCUUCACUCAAGCUUAUUCUUGGCGUACUUGGAAUAACAGUACGUUAAAGGAAACUACACUGCAGUGGACCAUGGCGGCAAGGAUUUUGCCCGUAGUGAAACUGGCCACCAAGCUGACCAUUGCAGGAGGAGCUCUCUACGUCGCCUGUGACUCCGGUCUGUUGGGAAGCAGUGAGCAAGGCUCUGAGGCCCUGGAGAAAGCCAAGGUUGCAAUACCCCCCGCCAUAGACGAAUGGAUGAAGUACUUUGGCCUGGAGGCUCAGCUUCCAACCAUGCCUAAGGUUGAAUUCUCCCCUGUUCAGGCGUGGAACUCUGGGGUGCGGCGGACAAUUUCAACUCUUUCAGAGGCUCCAACAAAAGCAACUGGAUACACAAAUCAGGGUUUGCAGUACCUGAAAGACCUCACCAAGUGAAUAGGGACUCUCUGGGCAACCUGACAUUUAUCAAUCUUUGAGUUUUGCACUUGAGAAAUGACAUUACUUCUUUAAAAAGUUGUAGCCCCUCCCAAGAAAGACGAAACGCCCAAUAUUAAAGAAAACAACUAGACAAAAAUUCAGCUGCAAGGAGUGCAGUCUCCUGAAUGGGUAAUGCGGUUCUCGAAAUGAUAGUGGCAUUGGUUGGAAGUUGUACAUAAUGCUAGGAAGCAAAAUGUCUUUUUAAAAAGUUGUUCUUUCAUUUUGUGUAUGCCACCUAAUUUAAGUUAGCUCAGUGCUGUCUAAUACAAUAUUUCACUGUCCUUUGUUCUCAAACCCAAACAAUGUUAUGAAGAGAGUGUCUGUUGUAUAUAUGCAGUUUCACCAUUUGUGACUAAAUAAUACAUCAAUCUUAAAACACG